GUUGAGGGAGGGGAGAGUCCCUCCUUCUCAGGCGCUGGCCAGCCCCACCCCAGGAAGGGGGGGCAGUGAGGAACGUCUCCGCGCUCGGCGUUACUUUGUUCCCGCGAGGCCACUGUACCAUCCGCGGAGCUCAGGCUGGGUAACUGUGGCGAAAAGUUUCUGCAAGUGCGAAGGAGGUCUACAGCGGGGGAGGCAGAGGAGGAUAGUCUUGCUGGUUGAGGGGGAAGAUGACUAUGUUGCUUCUACAAACAGGGAGCAGAAAUUGACUAGAUUCAAGGUGAUGGCAUUUGAAAUUACAGUGGUGUUUUGUGUGACAAAUCAAAUGUGAGUGAAUCAGGAUCUAGUGAAUGUCUCAUUUCAUGGAUGUUAUGAACAGUUGUGAACCUGCGAAAAAUCUAUAUUACCAUGGUGCAAGAUUUGGAUUUUAUUGGGAAGAAAACUUCACACUUUUUGUUCUGCUUCCUUCAACAGUGGAGACUGAGGUGCCAAUCUUUGUGCUACUGUUUAAUUGGCACAGCAGGUUCUACAUGACCAAACAGAUGGCUGAUCUUAGUCAGGAGAAGACGACUAUAAAAUGCAUCGAGUGCUCUGCAUCAUUUCAACCAAGCAAUGUUGUACUAUUUUGCCCCCAUUGCAAAAAUGGCUCCAUGUGCUCUGGAGCACCUGAAGUAGAGGUCUCAGAUUCACCAACUGCUUCAGCGAAUGAAUGUUCAGAACCUGAAGAAGGCAUGUCAAAGAAACAAACAUCUCCUAUAGGAGACAUGCCAAAAUCAGAACUAACAGACUCUCAGAGAAAAAUACUCAUUACCUCAGGCAUUCGUGGCAGUAAUACAGAAUGCAAAGUUCCUCACACACGAAUAGAAGAUGGAGCAGCAAUUCAGCAAAUUUACUCUUUUGGAAGGAAAUUAGGACAAGGCAGCUUUGGUGUGGUGAUUGAAGUAACACACAGAGAAACUGGCAUGAAGUGGGCAAUCAAGAAAGUGAACCGGGAAAAGGCUGGGAGCUCUGCAGUAAAACUACUUGAACGGGAAGUGAGCAUCCUAAAAACAGUAAACCAUGAGCAUAUAAUACAUCUUGAACAGGUGUUUGAGACUCCAAAGCGUGUGUACCUUGUAUUGGAAUUAUGCGAGGAUGGAGAACUUAAAGAGAUUCUACAAAGGAAAGGUCAAUUUACAGAAAAUGAGACACGGCACAUCAUUCAGAGUCUUGCAUCUGCAAUAGCAUAUCUUCACAGAAAAGAUAUUGUUCAUAGAGAUCUGAAAUUGGAAAACAUUUUAGUUAAAAGCAGUGACAUUGAUGAAGAAAAUGAAAUUAAACUAAAUAUCAUGGUGACUGAUUUUGGUUUAGCUGUACAAAAGAUGGGAGGAAGUGAAAGCAUGUUCCAGUCUACCUGUGGAACUCCGAUCUACAUGGCCCCUGAAGUUAUCAGUGCACAUGACUAUAGCCAACAGUGUGAUGUGUGGAGCAUAGGUGUCAUUAUGUAUAUGCUAUUAUGUGGUGAUCCACCUUUUAUGGCAGGCUCUGAAGAGAAACUUUUUGAAGUUAUUAAGAAAGGAGAUCUUCACUUCAAGCAAGCAAUCUGGGAUUCAGUUAGUGAGGCUGCCAAACAUGUAUUGCAGCUGCUUCUGAAAGUAGACCCUGCCCACAGAAUCACUGCUAAUGAAUUGCUUGACAUCCAGUGGAUAACAGGUGAAGCAGAUAUUGUUCAAAGGCCAUAUAAUGUCCUAGAGUUGAUGAAGAAGUGGAAUGACAGCAUCAGCGCAGAGAGUGGAGAAGUAGGCAUUCUGGAAGAUGGACUGAAUGGUGCAUCAUCAACUACGCAACUGGAAGAAAUCCGCCAAGGACAAGACAGCCCUAUCAGCAGCAAUGGCAACUUGGAGGCUAGUACAGACCCAGAAACAGAGAGUGGCAGCAGCAAAUCCUCCACACCAAGAAAACAAGCUCAUAAGAAAAAAAAUCACAGCAGUGUUUUACCAAAUGGGACAUUUAGGAAGAAAAGUUCAUCUAUCAAGUCAACUUCUAAUAUUCAGAGCGGCGGAAGUGGGUCGGUGUCUCCAGGUUUAGUUGCAAAGCGGAACCCAGAUAGUCAAGAGAAGAAAAUAGAAAUGGAAAAGUCUUUUUCUUUAAGUCAUGGGUCGGCGAGCAAAAGCUCACAAAAAUCAACUGCCCUGAGUGGCCUACUCAAAACGAAAAAGAAAUCUUAAAGCGGAUCCAUCAACUCAAAAUGCAGUUCUUAUAAAGUAACUAUUGCCAAUGCCAAAAUGUGGCAACUGUAUAAAAAGGACCAAUGCAGCCUGAAUUCUUACGCCUUUUUUGUUGUUCUGAGAUCUAUAAUCAUCAAGAGAGCUCUAGCUUUACAGUAGUGCUGAUAAAAGUUCCAAAGCAGUGUGAAUUCCUAACCUAUGUGAGGGCAUCCACUGGUCUUAUUACUUUCAGAGCAAGAGCACAGAAUUGUAUCAAAAUCUGUCUUUUAUUUAUUGUAGACUAGCAGGCAUCAUUCAGGCAAACUAGUUUCUUUCAGUUUACUUUCUAAUUUUUGCGUAAGUUUGCUCAGUAUUGUAACAAAGAUCUGUGGGCGCAGAGGAAAUAAGCCAAAAUAUGUAAUGGCUUGGUGGUGUUUUAUAUAUAUAUAAACUGCAUUUUGCAGUUGUAAGAAUUUGCUAGGAUUUUGCUUAUAACCUUGCAGGUAUUAUAACUUGUGUACCACAAGGUCAAUGAAUUUUGUUUCUAAUAUUUUCAUGGCACUAUAGUCUGUUUAGACAACUUACUUUAAACAUUUUUAGGUAUUAUGAAAAUUGCUGAGGUUCAUCUUGCUGCUAAAACUUUUGUGUGUUUAAA